UUCUCUCCAUUCAACAGGAUGCUAAAGUGUCUCCAAACUUUUGACUAGCACUGUAUGCCACUGUUAUCUUUGGCAAAUAUAAUAAUAAAUGAAUUUAACUAAAAGUUCCCUUUUUAGAUGCUAAACACCAUGCAGUACUAAAAUCUAAAACAAGGGAAAAAAAACAUUACUGUAGCAUUCACGCUAGGCCACUAGAUGGCGGUGUGGUUACUUCUAAUACAACUAAUAGUACUAUUAAUUUGACUGUGACCUGAUACAGCGUAAAUAUGGAGCCGGUAAAAAGUUUUUAUCUACAUAGUUGUGAAUAUCUAAAUGACACAAUGUAACAAUAUAAUAUCUGACCGGAAGGAAAGAAAACCUGUCGUGUCUCGGCCCUCCAUAGCAUUAGUUUGACGCCAUUGCUGUAGACAGUAACGCCCAUGCGCAGAAGUGAGCUCUCGGGGUCACUUCCGGCAACAAGGUGUCUACGGCGGGAACACGGACGGAUAGACAACUUCAAAAGUCGGUCGUUAGACAAAGCUCAUUGGCAGAGCGCAUCAGACGUAUGUGGUGACGUCAUCAAAGCCCUGUUGGCACAGCACGUGCGAGACGACGACGACGACCACGAGACGCGACCGCACUUCCUGUUUACUGUUUACUCCCUACGACAUAAUAGCUGGCCCGUGAAAGCGUGCUAGCAUUAGCACAUUUACUGUAUUCAUUAAGUAUUAAUUGUAAUAAAAUAAAAACAACUGACUGAGGAGAGACUAACAGGCUUGUUGGGAGCUUCCCCUCCCCACCGUUGUUACCACGGUAACAAGGCUGUUAGUUGUUAGAUGAUGAUCGGGAUAUGGAUGAUGGAUGUAAAGGCUAAACGAUGAAGUGCCGCACUCAGGUAGAUGAAUAUUCCGCAUAACGUGUUUUUCUUUAGUGCUCACACUUGUUUGCUAGGUGCUUGCUAAGGCAACUCCACAUCAACCUCGCUUGCCCUCUGCCUGUCUGGCCCAUCCAGGUCGUCCCCUGUAGAGACGGCCAAACAUGUCCAAGAGGUUGAUCCAAAACCUCACCAAGGCCAUCUAUAAACAUGUGCACCACUUCAAUCAAACAGAGGUCGAGUGCCUCAUUCGGGAGUUUUACAAUUUGCUGGGACAGCCGACGAGCUCCGGGAAAAGCGACAACAACUUGGAAGAACGAAAGUUCAAGGCCAUUCUGAAGAACGAAUUUGGACUCACCAACGACAUCCUCAUGGAACGAGACCCAAUCUCGUGUUUCGCCUCGUCCCGUGACACCGCCCCCCCCCCGGGAUUGAUGAAAGUCUUCAGGAAGUUUGACAAAGACAACGACGGCUUUGUCAGCGUCAAAGAGUGGGUGGAGGGCCUUUGCGUGUUCCUUCGUGGCUCCUUGGAUGAGAAAAUGAAAUACUGCUUUCAGGUGUACGACCUGAGCGGCGACGAGCACAUCUCCAGGGAGGAGAUGCUGCUGAUGACGAGGAACUGCCUGCGCCUCCACGGGGAGGAGGACCCGUUCGAUGGGAUCAAAGACCUGGUGGAGAUCACACUCAAGAGGAUGGACCACGACAACGACGAGAAGCUGUCCUUUGACGACUACGAAAAGUCAGUCAAAGAGUUGAACAUCGUGCUGGAGGCUUUUGGGACCUGCCUGCCCAGCGCCACGAAUCAAGCCUUGGAGUUGUCCCGCAGUCAUGGACCUUCAGUGUUCCUCAGCUGGACUCUCAACCGAAGCUCGUCCUCCAGCUUUGACAGCCAGCGUGUGGAGGUGUGCAGGCAUCUGGGUGAGAAGCUGGGCCUGCGGGAUGGAGAGGAAGGCUUCUUGAGACCUUGUCAGCAGGUCUCGUCUGUGCAUCGUGUCUUUGUGGAGCCUCUGUCGUCUGAUGACUGGGAGAUCUUGGAGCUCCACAGCGGCAUGCUGGAGCAGCAGCUUUUGGAUCAGAUUAGAGUCGUAUUCCAAGAUGCUGUUUUUCCCGUGUGGGUGGACAACCACACGGUCAUCUUCAUCCAGAUAGCGCUGUUGUCGCCGUCUGUGCCUUAUGGUCGCCUGGAGCCCUUCACAGAGCUCAUCGUGUCCCCAAAGAACCACGCCGGCCGCCCCGAGGGUCCCUCUCAGCCUCCAAACUGCCUGUCAGACCCCCCGCCCCAAACCAUGUCCUCUUCCGUGCCUCAAGGUCUGCAGUGGGGUGGCAUCGCUGACCUUAAAAGUCUGUUUGGCUUCAUGACAACGGGCACAUGUGACCCAAUCAAGGAGAUCCCUUCUGUCCCGGAUGUCCCCGCCCUUCUCGAGGACUCCCUCUACAGAGUAUGCGGCACGGCUCCUCUGUCCCCCAGCGCCAUGAGUCACAUGGCGCCAGGCGUGCUUCACGUCUUUCCUUGGAGAUCAGAUUCAGGCAUCGGCGGAGGUCCGCCUGCUGUGACGUACGGUCUGCUCUCCACAGUCCCGUCCCCCAAAGAGGCCAAGGACCGAGCCAAGCUGGCCGCAGAGAAGAAGGACAAAGCAGACAGAGACAAGGAUGUGACAUCAGAGGAAGUGACGGCGGUUCGUUUGAUCUGCCAUGACGUUGAUGAGCUAGCAGGGGCGCAAAGAAGGCCCAGCGAGGGAACGCUCCACUGCGGCAGAGUCUGGAUUCCACCGCCGAUGACCACCAGGAUGAACAUCUCGCCACACUCCACUGUAAGACUCAAACCCGUGAGAUCGACAGUGAAGGUAGCGUCCGCCAUUCGCCUCCAGCCUGUAAAUCCACUGGCGGAGGAGGAAGAGGAGGAGAUCCAGGCAGCCUUCCUCAGCUGGCUGCACACUCAGUGUCACCAACCCUUGGCAUGUUUGACGCCGCGCACCGGCUCCGUCCUCCUACACGCCGCCGACGCCAAGUUAGAGUUUACUGUGACGGUCCUGAAACCAGACCCGGAACCAGAGACUGACCUGCCGGACCAGCUCUUUCUGCUCACGCCUUCCGUCUUGCAGAAGACACAUAUACAUGUAGUCAGAGAGCCUGCCGUCACAUCGUCUCCCAACACGGAACCCGACACAGCAAAGCAAGAACUUCCCUCAUUAGCUUCACUAGGCGGUGUCGACGAGGCGAGCAGGAGAAGCUUUGAGUUCAUCUCCCACAGUCUGCUAGCUUCGCCGUUGUCCCGAGAGCUGGGAGUGACGGGACGGGGCCUCAGAGGAGGAGCGCUGCUCAUCACCGGCGCCAAGGGCAGUGGAAAGAGCGUGCUCUCUAGGGCCCUCUGCAGGAGAGCAGCAGAUGAGCUGGACGCACACGUGGAGGUGUUGGAGUGCAAGAAGUUGCAAGGAAAAAGGGCGGAGACGGUGCGGCAGACGCUGCAGGACGUUUUCACGCAGGCGCAGUGGAAGCAGCCCUCCGCGGUCCUACUGGAUGACUUGGACCACGUGACCCGGGCGCCCACCUCGCCGGAGCACGAGCACGGGCCCGAGGCGCAGCUUCACCUGCAUGUGGCACAAAGCCUGGUGGACAUCGUGGACCAGCUGGUGGACAGCAACAGUCUCAUCUGUUUGAUCGUCACCAGCGUGACUCAGCAGUCCUUACACAACACACUCACCUGUGUGCGAGGCGCACACUUCUUCCAGGGAUUCACACACGUGCAACCGCCUGACCAGGCUCAGAGAGCAGACAUCUUGCAUCGUCUGAUCCAAACAAAGUGUCCCCAGAGCUCUACCGCCUUCGACCUGGAGGCCGUUGCCAAGCAGACGGAGGGUUACGUGCCCCAGGAUCUGGUGGUGCUGCUGGAGAGAGCCAUCCACGCCAACGCUGCUCGAGGGGGACGCCAUCACCACGGUGUGUGUGUAUCUCAGCAGGACUUUGAGCAGGCUCUUACGGGGUUCACCCCUCCUUCCCUCUGGGGGGUGGACCUCCAUACGCCGAGUGGAGGCGGGCUGGAGGCGGUGGGGGGGCUGACGGAGGUGCGACAGCAGCUCAUGGACACCAUUCUGCUCCCUGCCAAGUAUCCCAUCCUUUUUGCCAACCUUCCCAUCCGCCAUCGCUCGGGAAUCCUGCUCUACGGCGCUCCGGGCACGGGGAAGACCCUGCUGGCCCGAGCCGUGGCCAAAGACAGCGGCAUGAACUUCAUCGCCAUUAAGGGACCAGAACUUCUGAGCAAGUACAUCGGAGCAAGUGAGCAAGGGGUCCGAGAUGUCUUCCAGAGGGCUCAGGCCGCCAAACCUUGCGUCCUCUUCUUUGACGAGUUUGACUCUCUGGCGCCCAGGAGGGGUCACGACAGCACGGGCGUGACGGACCGCGUCGUCAAUCAGCUGCUGACCCAACUGGACGGCGCCGAGGGAUUAAAAGGCGUUUAUGUCCUCGCUGCCACCAGUCGACCGGACCUCAUCGACCCGGCCCUGCUGCGACCUGGACGCCUGGACAAGUCGCUGUACUGCCCCCCGCCCCAACAGGAGGACCGGCUGGCCAUCCUGAAGGUUCUGAGCGCGGGAGUCCCCAUGGCUGCCGACGUGGACAUGGAGGCGCUGGCUGCCCGCACGGAAGGCUUCACCGGAGCCGACCUGAAGGCGCUGCUGUACAACGGCCAGCUGGAGGCGCUAAACAGCAGCCUGGAUGCGGACGCCGCAACACACGACGGGCUGCCGUGCGACCUGAGCCUGUCUUCCAUGCUGUUCCCCAACCACAGCAGCAGCUCCGAGGAGCCGGCGGACGAGGGGGACGCCGGAAGAGAGAGUCCAGAACCUUCCAAGCAGCACCAACAUCAUGGCAGCGGUCUGUGGAGGCUCUACUUUGGAAGCUCCUUUGACUCGGAGUGUGGGAAUCCACCACCGGCAGACGGGCGCCUUGCUCAACCCGCCUCGCUGACCUAUGACCGCCCUGCACACGCUCUCGCUCCCACGCUGCCCCCCCUCGUCAUGUCCUCCCUCCGUGGCGGCUUGGAGGAGCUGAGCGACGAGCGUCUGCAGCGCCUCCAAGAGGACGUCCGUCACAUCAAGAUCAACCACCGCCGAUCCGAGGGGGUGCGAGCACGGGACCGGUCGGUCUCCGGACGGACGAGCUUCCUGCUGUGUCACGCUCACCUGCACGCCGCCCUGGACGUCACCAGGCCAUCUCUGAGCACAGACGACUGGAGCAGAUACACAAGGCUGUAUGAGGCCUUCAGAGGUUCGGGAGUGGGAAUUUCGGCACAAACAUUCCGACCUGGACAACGUGUGACGUUAGCCUGACGACACGCCUGCGGUGAUGGAACAUAAUUACAGAAAUAGCAAUAGCAGUGAGGACCGAACAAAGAUGGCCGCCCCCAUCCCCUCCCUCCACUGAAAGCCCUGAGGACAAAUCAUAAGAAAGCGAACGAGGAAGAAGGAAUCGCGUGCUGGUUAGUCGUCGCCAUGGUAACCAGCUCUUGUAUUGUUUGGUGGCAUCACAGUUCAUCAAACCAUCUUGGACAGUUUCGAUCCAGUU